CUACUAUGUGGUGAAAUGUUGCAUUAGCAUGACGUUGUUAUGAACCAUAAAUGAUCAGUGUCUUGUAAUUGCUGGGCUUCAUCAAUAACAACGAUAUGGCAUGCAAUAGUCUUGAAAACAUGCGGCCAGAAAUGGAACUCGCACAGAGGUUGGCUUCUGAACUUAAGAAGAGAAUCAUGGUGCUUGACGGUGCUAUGGGGACAAUGAUCCAGCAACACACGCUGGAAGAAGAUGAUUUCCGUGGAUCUCAGUUUAAGGAUCAUUUAAAACCUCUUCAAGGAAACAACGACAUUCUGUCUCUAACAAAACCAGAUAUCAUCUACCAGAUUCAUAAGGAUUAUUUGGAAGCAGGAGCAGACUUUGUUGAGACAAACACGUUCAGUGGGACCAGGAUAGCACAAGGAGACUAUGCCUUGGAACACAUGGUGUACAAAAUGAAUGUUGAGUCGGCCAAGCUUGCAAAACGAGCAUGUAAUGAUGUCACAGCUUCCACAGGAAUACAGAGAUACGCCGUGGGAGCUCUUGGACCUACGAACAGAACACUGUCAGUGUCACCAUCUGUGGAGAAACCAGAAUACAGAAAUAUCACAUUUGAUGAAUUGAAAGUGGCCUAUAGAGAGCAGGCUGAAGGCCUCCUUGAAGGUGGUGCUGAUAUAUUACUGGUGGAGACAAUAUUCGACACAGCAAAUGCAAAGGCAGCAUUGUUUGCAAUACAAGAUCUGUUUGCAGACAGUGGCAAAGAAGUUCCAGUGUUCGUGUCAGGGACAAUUGUAGAUAAAAGUGGAAGGACACUUUCUGGACAGACAACGGAAGCCUUCAUCAUCAGCGUAUCUCAUGCUCAACCUUUAUGCUUGGGUUUGAACUGUGCUUUGGGAGCCAAUGACAUGCGACCUUUCAUUGAGAAUGUCAGCAAAAAUAGCAAAGCUUUCACCAUUUGUUAUCCUAAUGCUGGGUUGCCAAACACAUUCGGUGGUUAUGAUGAAACUCCUGAAGUGACAGCCAGACAGUUGAAGGAAUUUGCUGAGGAUGGGUUGGUGAAUAUUGUGGGUGGCUGCUGUGGUACAACUCCUCAACACAUCAAAGCUAUAUGUGAAGCAGUCCGUGACUGUAAACCGCGAGUGCCUCCAGCCAGCUUAUUUGAUGAUUACAUGCUGUUAUCAGGUUUGGAACCUACAUUAAUUGGACCGUACACCAAUUUUAUCAAUAUUGGUGAAAGAUGUAAUGUAGCUGGAUCAAAGAAGUUUAGUAGACUUAUAAAAAAUGGCAAUUAUGAGGAGGCUCUCAGUAUUGCCAAAGCUCAGGUUGAGAAUGGAGCUCAGGUUCUGGACAUCAACAUGGAUGAAGGCUUGCUUGAUGGAGUGGCAGCCAUGACCAAGUUUGUCAAUCUCAUUUCUUCAGAACCAGACAUUGCCAAGGUCCCUCUUUGUAUAGAUUCCUCCAACUUUGAGGUUAUCGAGGCAGGCCUCAAGUGCAUUCAGUCCAAGUGUAUAGUGAACAGUAUCAGUCUGAAGGAAGGGGAAGAGGAGUUCAUUAAAAAAGCCACCAGAAUCAAGCAGUAUGGUGCAGCAGUCGUCAUCAUGGCCUUUGACGAACAGGGUCAGGCUACAGAUGCAGAUAGGAAAUUUGAGAUUUGCAAAAGAUCAUAUGACAUUUUGGUAGAGAAGGUUGGUUUUAACCAGCAUGACAUCAUCUUCGAUCCCAACAUUCUCACAAUAGCAACAGGAAUGGAGGAACACAACACAUAUGGAAUCCACUUUAUUGAGGCAACCAAGAAAAUAAAGCAAUGUUUACCCGGUGCUCGUGUCAGUGGUGGUGUAUCCAACUUCUCGUUUUCUUUCCGUGGUAAAGAGGUAAUAAGAGAAGCCAUGCACAGUGUGUUCCUCUACCACGCCAUCAAAGCUGGGAUGGACAUGGGUAUAGUGAAUGCUGGGUGUUUGCCUCUCUAUGAUGACAUUGACAAGCCUCUGCUGGAGCUGUGUGAAAGCGUACUCUGGAACCGAGAUCCAGAUGGUACAGAAAAGCUGCUGGAGUAUGCCGAAAACUGUGGUAAAGGGGGAAAAAAGGUUGCUGUAACUGAUGAAUGGCGAAAUAAUGCUGUGGAGGAAAGAAUUCAGCAUUCUCUUGUAAAGGGAAUAGAUAAAUAUAUUGUGGAAGACACUGAAGAGGCAAGGCUAGAUGUUCAGACAUACCCGAAACCACUGAAUAUCAUAGAGGGACCACUCAUGAUGGGAAUGAGUAUAGUGGGAGAUCUGUUUGGGUCGGGGAAGAUGUUUCUGCCCCAGGUGAUCAAGUCUGCACGGGUGAUGAAGAAAGCUGUCGCUCAUCUGAUUCCCUUCAUGGAGAAAGAUCGACAAGCUCAGAUAAAGCUUACUGGGAUUUCAGAUCUUGACAGUGCCUUUGUUGGAACAGUAGUGAUUGCAACUGUCAAGGGAGAUGUUCAUGAUAUUGGUAAAAACAUUGUGGGAGUAGUUCUAGGCUGCAACAAUUACAGAGUUAUUGACCUUGGCGUGAUGACUCCAUGUGAAAAGAUUCUGCAGACCGCAAUAGAAGAAAGAGCAGAUUUUGUUGGGUUAUCAGGAUUAAUCACCCCAUCUCUGGAUGAAAUGAUAUUUGUGGCAAAGGAAAUGGAGCGCAUUGGAAUGAAAAUUCCAUUGCUGAUUGGUGGGGCAACCACAUCAAAGACACACACGGCGGUGAGGAUAGCUCCAAGAUACAGCAGCCCCACCAUUCAUGUACUGGACGCCUCCAAGAGUGUUGUAGUGUGUUCUGCUUUAACAAAGAAAGAGUUGUUGGAAGAUUUUAUAUAUGACAUCAGAGAAGAGUAUGAAGAGAUAAGAACAGAACACUAUGACACUCUCAAGGACAGAAAAUACUUGAAACUGGAAGAGGCAAGAGCAAAAGCAUUCAACCUGGACUGGAAAAAUGAAGCAAAACCAGUGGAACCUACAUUUCUUGGUGUAAAGAAGUUUGAAGACUACGAUCUUAAUCAACUGGUGCCCUACAUUGACUGGAAACCAUUCUUUGAUGUUUGGCAACUCAGAGGAAAAUAUCCCAACAGAGGCUACCCUAAAAUAUUUAACGACAAAACUGUUGGACAAGAAGCUAAGAAGUGUUUUGAUGAGGCCCAAAAUAUGCUGAAGAAAAUAAUUGCUGACAAAAGUCUCCGUGCCACUGGAAUGAUUAGCUUCCACAAAGCCAACAGUGUGGGUGAUGACAUAGAGAUCUAUGAUGACAAGGGAGACAAACAAGAGACUUUCUUUGGUCUCCGACAACAGGCUGAAAAGGAUUCUGCCAGUCGACACGAGCCCUAUAUGUGUCUGUCUGAUUUUAUAGCCCCAAAGAGCAGUGGUGUUAAUGAUUAUAUUGGACUCUUUGCCCUCUCAUGCCAUGGUGCCGAAGAAUUGUGUCAAAAAUUCCUAGCUGAACUGGAUGACUACAAUGUAAUCAUGAUAAAGGCUCUUGCUGACAGAUUAGCUGAGGCUUUUGCCGAGGAGAUGCACAAACGAGUGAGAACAGAGUUCUGGGGUUACUGUCCUGAUGAACUGCUUGGUGCACAAGAUCUUCAUCGAAUAAAAUACGCAGGAAUCCGCCCUGCCCCAGGAUACCCCAGCCAGCCAGAUCACACGGAGAAGGAAACCAUGUGGAAGUUGCUAGAGCCAGACUCUGUGGGAAUCACCCUGACAGAGUCGCUCGCCAUGGAACCAGCAGCAUCGGUGUCAGGAAUAUACUUCGCUCAGCCCAAAGCAACGUACUUCGCUGUUGGGAAAAUUGACAAGGAUCAGGUUUUGGACUAUGCACAACGGAAGCAGAUGGAUGUUAGCGCAGUGGAGAAAUGGCUUGGUCCUAAUCUUGCCUACGAUUCUGAUCAGCAAUAAAAAUAACUGCCUACGAUUGUAACCAGCACUAAAGAACAUUAUUUUCAGUGAAUGUGACCACCUGUGAUUUUCAGAAUUUUCUAUGUCAACAGAUUUCAUGACUGUAGUUUGUCACCGGAGUUUAUAGAUCUCCAUUUAGAGACUGUGAAAAUGGUGAAUGAAUAUGUACACAAGUUCCUAGAAGGAGAAGAUUUAAAAUCAUGUGGUUUUCCGACUCCAAAAAAGUCAGACGUUUUUCAACCAGGACGUUUAUUUUUCUAUAUAUUAACAAUGGUUUGAAAACACGCAUGAAAAUGCCACUUGAUUGACCCAGGUCAACAAUUGUUAGUUUAUCAAGCAGCUUUUCAUUUUGUUCAUGUACCUGGAUAUUUAACAUUAUUACAGGUAAAACUUUACUUUUAAGGGGAAAUGAUACUAUUCAGUCAAAAUUCAUGUCAUAAAAGUGUCCUUAUGUUACUGAACUGCCCCCCCCCCCCCCCCCCCCCAAAAAAAAGAGGUCACCAGACAAAAUGUGAAUCCACGGACCAUAAAGUGAAUAGGUGUAUGAAUUACUAUGUUUCCUUUUUUCAAUGUGUAGUCAAAUUAAUCAUGUUUUAUAUCCAUUAACCAUAAUUAAUUUUAAACUCUUUAUGUAAUGCAACAAAGAGAACAUUAGUUGUUUUGCUUCAUAAAUAAAUAUUCAUUAACAUUACACCAUAAAUCGUUUGAGCACUUGUUUUAAAAACAGCUUCAUUGGAGUGAUCAACAAUGUUCUUAAAAACACAAGCAGUACAAAUAAAUUAUUUUCCGUCAAAAAUUCCAUCAUGGGUAUGGUUGGGGCUGGGUGUGGGUUGAGGAUUUUGGUGGGGUCAUUAUUCCCACAUAUCUGUUUGCACUGAAACUGAUGUCAUAAAAUGACCUCUGUCAAAUGUGAUGAACUAGUCAAACAAAUUACACUAAGAUACGUGAUAUUUUAUUAAAUAUGGACAUAAAAUGAGUCCUGUGAUUGCCAUCUAUUUUAGGACCAACAUGAAAGUACAUCAAUGUCUCCUUAAAUCAUAACAUUUUGAUAGAAUUUUAUUUAAUUUCACAGAACAUCAUUUCUUUUUGCCAAAACUGUUUUCCAUUUUCCCUACAUUGACACAAACAAAAAUUAUAUAUGAGCAACAUGUUUUGAAAAUUAAAAGCAGACUAUGGUUAUAGCUUAUACAGAUGGAUGGUAAUUUGUUACGUCCCUGUGUUUCAGCGCUAGACCUAUCCUUAGUGACGUCACGCCACUGUCAUUCUGCUACUUAACGAGUCUACUGCUGCUCAAUAUACGGUAAUGGCACUGCAUGCAAUAGUAGCAUUUCCCCUUAAUGGACAAGAUGCAAGCUAACAGGGUUUCUUCAGCAGCUAUAUAUAGUUAUAUAAGAAAGUUUACUAACCAUUAUACACAUGUUAACCAGCCAAGACAACUGGUGUAAAUUAAGGUAUAUUGUUAUUUUGAUAUAUGUAUCACUUUUUUGUGUGACUAACAAAAUGUAUCAAAUGUCAGUCAUAACAAUGUGCCUUUUGUUUAUUCAACUAAGUAUUGGAAUACUGGAAACAGCUAUUUUAUUUGAUGACAUUGAAACGAUUUUAUUCUCUUGCCAAGAAAAAAGGAUGGCAUACGGGUAACCUAUGAUAUGUUAUGGUGUAGGAAGAUUUUCAUUCUAAUGUACAGAAUAUUUUUUAAUUUGUUUUUAAUUUAAAUGUAGUCCAAAUUUACUCAAAAGUCACUGACCCUGUUUCUGAGGUACACAGCUUGUUUUGAAACAAAAAAAAAGCUUUUGGGACUAUUAUAAAGACCAGGAUGACCACAAACAAACUGGAUUUACCAAAAUUUAUAAUUUAAGUAAGUUGUAGGCAGUGUGUAGUUUAAUGGUCAAAGAAGGUGAAACAGCCAAAAAUAUUUAACACUGUAUAAUAAUUACCGUAGGGUCAGUGGCUUUUAAGCAGCCACCUGCUUUAAUGAGGUGCUUUUGGUGUUUGAAAGAGUGCUUGCUUUACACAGGUUUGACAGCAGUUUCCUAAUCUGUAAUCUAAUCACUAAACUUCUAUCUUUAUUCUUUUUACUGGGCAAACUCAUCACAUUAAAGCCACAGACCCUAGUUUCCGAAGUGCUUUUUUUCCAUUCCUGACAUAAAAGUAAUUUUAAGCUACUACAAACACCACAGGUUUGUUCUGGUGGGCGAGUGAUCAUGUAACAGAAAAAUCAACCUCAAAUGAGGGGAUUUGAACCACAGACUCGCAAUACGAGAGUCCAGCUCUCUACCAACUGAGCUAAUAGGAAAAUUCCCACUAGCACUUUAUAUGACCAGAACCAUGUUGGAUUUGCCAAAAUGUAUAUACUGACUUCCAAAAGAAACUUUACAUACAUAAAAUUUUAAUAAUUUGGUCAAUAUUGUUGCUAAUCGAAAAGAACCAAUUUAGAAACGACCUUACAAACACUUUGCAUGUCUCACGAAGUGCAUUGUGACGUUCAGAUGCUGAACUUCAUGAUACUUUCAUAUCUCACCAUACCGUUUGUUGUUUUUCUAUAAUACAAUUUCAAGCUUUGUAAAGUUUCUUUUUGGCUAUCAAUAUAAUUUAAGCAAAGAGUUGUAAAUAAUCAGAGUUAACUGUAAAAAAAGAUGCAACAGUCAAAAGACAUUUUACACUGCCUAACAGCUAGGGUUGGUGGCUUUACGGCAAUUGCUUGAUUGUUGUGUAAUAAUAAUGCACAUAUUGGGUAUGCUAACAUAUCAGGUUACUUUUCAAAUGGUUUUACAUUUUGUACUUUUUUAGUUCUUGAUGACAUUAUGAAGUAUAUUAGGUUUGUUUCUUUAAACUCAUAACUGUCAAUAUAAUGCACAUGCUAACUUCCAAUGAACUAUUGAUACUUAAUACAGAUUUUAAAUAUAAGGACAAUCAUUGACUGUUCAUUUAAUUGAUGUGACAAUAUAUACAUAAAAUCAUACAGAAUAAAUGAAAAGGUAUAUUGA